AUGACAACCCCCAUCCCAAUCCCCCGCAAGGGCGUCUACACACCGCUCAUAACCUUCUUCAACCACGACGAAUCCAUCGACCUCCCCAGCACCCUCACACACGCGACACGGAUGGCCUCGGGCGGGGUAACUGGCCUCGUCCUGCAGGGGAGCAACGGCGAAGCGCCGCACCUCGACCACGCCGAACGGCGAACACUCGUGCGCGCGAUCCGCGAUCACCUCGACGGGCUAAAUUACACAGAUAUCCAGUUGAUAGUGGGGUGCGGCGCACCGAGUGUGCGUGAGACACUCGUCCACAUCGCCGAGGCGAAGGAGUCCGGCGCGGAUUUCGCACUGGUCCUCCCGCCGAGUUAUUGGGCUGCGCAAAUGAAUCCGGCUGUUGUUGAGGGGUUUCUACAUGAUGUCGCAACAUCCUCCCCGCUCCCAGUUCUAAUCUACAACUUCCCCGGCGUAACAUCCGGCAUCGACAUCAGCAGCGACAGCAUAAUCCGUCUCGCAACCUCAACACCCAACAUCGUCGGCUGCAAGCUCACCUGCGGCAACGUCGGCAAACUGCAACGGAUUACAUCGACGCUUUCCCCCCUCGGCGGCAACUCCGGGGGCAGAGCAGGAGGCUUCGCAGCCUUUGGCGGCAAAUCCGACUUCUUCCUCCCGGCGCUUGUCGCGGGCUCACACGGUAUCAUCGCUGCUCUCGCAAACAUCGCGCCGAGACUGCAUGUUCGACUACUCAAGCUGUACGAGGAGGGGGACCUCCAGGGUGCGCAGAGGAUCCAGGCGAAGCUGAGUGAUGCGGAUUGGGCGCUGGGGAAAGUUGGUGUUGUGGGUGUGAAGGCGGUUAUUGAGCGGUUCUUUGGGUAUGGCAGUGGUCGGGGGAGACGGCCGUUGGGGGUUGUUGAGGCGAAGGCGAUUGGGGAGGAUAUUCUUAAGGUUAUUGGCGAGGUUGUGCGGCUGGAGGAGGAGUUGUAG